AUGCAUCUUCUUCGACAACAACUAUUGUUGGAGACGAUUUUUUGCUUGUUCGAUCGUGAUUCAAGCGGUUUACUCUCUGAAUCUGAAUGGAUUGGAUCUGUAUAUAAAGUGGCCGAGAUAUCCAAUCGCACAAAAGAUGUUCGAACACUCGAACCAUUCAUACGUGCUUUUCGACAUUUUUCACAUGGAUCUGAUUCACUUUCUAUAGAUGUUUUUUAUAUAUUAUUCGAAGAUCUAUCGUUUCGACGAAAUUUUGCUUUAUUGUUUAUUGGUGAAUCGAAUUUAUUAAAUAUUAUGGAAUUUACUGAUUUACUUCGAUCUGUUUCAAAUCUUAAAUCAGAUACGAAAUGGCUUUCAUGGCUUGCUUAUCAAUUUCAUUUAGCAGUUGGUAAACGUCGUGGAAUGACAAAUCAUGGUACUCAAUCGGAUGAUAGUAUGGAUUUGGAAAAGUUUAAAAAUAGUUUUUAUUUCAAAGUACCUGAAUUAGCCGAUUGUUUAUUUAAUUAUCUUGAUACAGAUAAAACUGGUCGAUUAACAUUAGAUAAAUUUAUUCGAAAUUUGGAAUUUAUUGUUGAAGCAAAUGAUAAUGAAAAAGUUGAAUUUCUUUUUAAAAUCUUUGAUCGUGAUGGUGAUGGAACAAUAGAUUUUGAUGAAAUGAAAUUAUUACUUCGUUGUUUUUUGGAAGAAUCUCCUUCGCUUGAUAUGGAAGAAACAUUAGCUGAAUUAACUGCUACUUUAUUUCAAGAAACUGAUAUUGAUCAAUCAGGUGAUAUUAAUUUCGAUGAAUUAUCAAAUGCAUUGAAACGAAAUGAACAUUUAUUUAAAGUACUUUCACUUAGUACAAGCAGUUGGAUUCGACCUAAACCUGUAUCAAUUAGUAAAUAUCAUAAACGUUCAUCAACAGUUCGUGCUUGGAUACGAAAUAAUAUUGGUUUAAUUUUCUUUUGGUCAUUAUAUUCAUUUAUAUGUACUUGUAUUUGUGUUGAUGUGAUUCAUCUUUAUGUUGGUCAACAACGUGUUCAUUUUCUUAUUGUAAUAGCUCGACUGAAUGGUGGUAUGCUUAAUUUUAAUUGUGCUUUAAUGCUGAUAUUAAUGCUUCGUAAACAUAUAACAUGGUUAAGAUCAAAAGGUGGUGGUAUUCUUCUUCCCCUUGAUCAUCAUAUUGAUAUACAUAAAACCAUUGGAAUUAUUAUUAUGAUUGAAACAGCAUUACAUACAGCUGCACAUUUAGCUUAUUUAGGUUAUGUAUUUUAUAUUUGUUCAUUAUCUGAAGAUAUUGGCUCUUCAUGUAAUAAUAAUAGUACGAAUAUCCAUCAAUCUAAUUUAUAUAAUCAAUCAUUAAAUAAUGAAAUGAUAGUAACGAAACGUUAUCGAUUUGAUUCUUUAGUAAAUAAAUGUGUUCCAUUUGGAUAUCUUGGAUGUGGUGGAAAUUGGAAUCAUUUUCAUACAGAAAAUUUAUGUGUACUUCGUUGUAAACCAUAUCGUGAUACAUAUCAUCGUUAUGUUGAUGCAAUAUUUACAGCUAAAUUAGGACUUGGUUAUAUAACAGGAGUACUUGAAUUCCUUUUAGGUGCACUUAUUUAUAUAAUGUGUUUACCAUUUGUACGGAAAAGUGGCCAUUUCCAAUUAUUUUAUUGGUGUCAUAUGUUAACAUUACCAUGGUUAAUUAUUAUGCUUGUACAUGGACCAAGAUUUUGGAAAUGGUUAUUAGUUCCUGGAAUUUUAUAUAUUAUUGAAAAGAUCUUACGUUAUCGUAAAUCUCGUUCAAAUAAACAUGGUGAAACAUUUAUAAUGGAAGCUAUUCUAUUACCAUCUCAAGUUAUUCAUUUAGUUAUCAAUAAACCAAGAAAAUUUACUUAUAAACCUGGAGAUUAUAUCUAUAUAAAUAUUCCAGCUGUAGCUAGUUUUGAAUGGCAUCCAUUUAGUAUCAGUAGUGCUCCAGAACACAAAGAUAGUAUUUGGCUUCAUGUACGUGCAAGUGGUCAUUGGACACGCCGUGUUUAUGAUUUAUUUCGAAUGAAAUUAAAACAAGAACACGGAGGUGUAUUAAAUGAUUUUAAUGAUCUACGUCUUCGUUCAUCAAUGCGAUCACGCAUGUCAAAAAGUUAUAUUGAUGAAUUACGAGGUGUUAAUCAACAAGAAGAUCAUUUACAAUUUGAUCUUAAUAAUAAUAAUGAUGAUUGUAUACAAUCAAAAGCAGUUUCAGUAUCAUUUCCAUUAGUGAAUAAAAAUCAAAGGAGAUCUAUUUGUUCAUCAUGUCAUUCAACAUUAAGUUUACAUGAUAUACAAUUAAAUUCAAAAGGUAGAAUAAAUCAGAUGCAUACAGAAGAAAAUCAUACGAAUGCAACAAUUUUAAUAAAUCCAAGUACACUUGAUAAUUUAACUGUUGAAGAAAUUGAAAAAUAUGCGUAUGAACAAGAUGAUGUAUUAAUGGAUGAACAACAAAUAAAGCCAAUGACAAGACUUAAACCAGCUAUUAAAAAUAAUAAUAAUAAUAAUCCUAAUCGUUUAACUGUUCCAAGUAUUGGGGAUUAUUGUAUAAGAAUAUCAAAUAUAUCAACAGAUAAUUAUGAACAAAAACAUAUAGAAUUUAGUGAAACACGUUUUUCUGAUGCACUUGGAUAUUUACGUAUGUAUAAAAAUCAUAAUCGAAUACAAUUUAAUACACUUCAAUUCAAUGAUCGAGAAGAUUUACAAGUUUUAAUUGAUGGACCAUAUGGUGCACCAUCUCAACAUAUAUUUGAAGCUGAACAUGCAGUUUUAAUAGCGGCUGGUAUAGGUAUCACACCAUUUGCAUCAAUUUUACAAAGUAUUAUGUGUCGAUAUCGAAAUCGUCGACAUAAAUGUCCACAUUGUGAAUUUAUUUGGAAUAAUCCUGAAAGUGAAGAACUUCGUAUUAAAAAAGUUGAUUUUAUAUGGGUAACACGCGAACAACGUUCACUUGAAUGGUUUAUUAGUUUAUUAGCACAAAUGGAAAUCGAACAACAACGUUUAAGACAAAAUUCUGAUAAAGGUCCUUUACUUGAAGUUCAUUUAUAUGUUACAAGUGCUCAAUCACCUAUAGAUUUAAAAGCAUUAAAUGUUUAUUUAUCACUUGAUUUAAUUGGAAGAGAAAAUUCAUCUAAUUGUGAUGCAAUUGAUGGACUUAGACAAAGAAUUAAACAUGGUCGACCAAAAUGGGAACAAGUAUUUACUGAUUUAUUAAGUCAAAAGAAAGGUAAAAUAUCUGUAUUUUAUUGUGGUCCACCAGCAUUAUCAGCUGAAUUAACAACAAAAUGUCGUAAAUAUGGAUUUGCUUAUAAAAAAGAAUUAUUUUAA